GGGACGUCCUGGAGAUUCUUUCGUGGGAUUAUCGUGUUAAACAGACAUGGCUGACACGCUAAGGAGGCUGGUCAAUACUUCAUCCUUCAGCAUUCUGCAGGACAAACUGGAGUCCUGGUACAAAGACUAUCAUGUGAUCUCCUGCGACCAGAGUCUGGGCCGCUGCUGUGAGCUUCUGGAGCUCAGCUCCCAGCUGCAGGGCCAGCUCUUCAGCAUCCUGCACCUCACUGCCAGGGAGGGCGGGCACUACGCUGGCGUGGAAACUCUCAAGUCUCGCUUGCUGCCCUGGCUUGGCACCUGCUUCACCAUGGUAACCUCCAACGUUACCCCCGAUACCAGCCUUAACCUCAUCCAGGAGGGUAUGGAGAAAGAUAAGAGGAUUCGAGAGCUCUCUCUCUCUCACGAUUGCGACAUGCAGAAGAUAGAGACCCAGCUGAGCUCUACCCGACAGCAACUGGACUCCGUCAAACUGGAGUUGGCUGAUGCUCAGCUGGAACUGGAUGACACCAAAAACAAGUCUGCUACGACCCUGCUGGCCACCGAAGACGAGAUACUGCAGCUGAGAGCAGAGCUGCAGGCCUCUCUCGAUCAGGCAGGCCUGUAUAAGCGGAGGCUGGAGUUGCUGGAGGACUAUGAGAGGCAGGUGCGGGUGCUGAGGGACGAGGUGUCCUACCUAAGUGCAGAGAAGGCCCUGCUGCAGGACAGGUUGGUGAGGAGUCGGUCCCCAAGCCCUUUGCCUCGGCGCAGUCGGUCCUGCAGCCCGCUGAGAGCUGAUUCGCCCACGCGUGCCCAGCUGACCAGCUCCUCGCGCCACGCCCGGCUGGUGUCGCGCUUCAGCGACCUGUACGCCCUGGAGCGGCUGGAGGCGGAGGCCCUGCUGAGGCGCUACAUCGCCGACACCGAGACCGUGCAGAGGAUCAUCUUCAUCGCCACCGUGGAGUCCUUCCAGGCUGCUAAACUGGCGUACCGGCAGUUUAAGCUGCGCGUGAGGAAGACUCUCUCCCCGUCCCACCUGGGCCCGGAGACCCUGGAGGACGCUGUGGUCGAUUACAUCGUGCGCAACCUGGACCUGUACGACGUGCAGGCCAGUGUGACUGAGGUGCUGAGCUCGAUGAGUGUGAACCCCCGCAUCUCGUUCCCACCGGAGGUGGACUUCGUGCUGCUGAGCGGCUUCAUAAGGGAGGCGUGUCAGGUGGCCUUCAGCAUGCAGACACUGGACCCUCCCCUGGAGCUGGCCUUCAGCACCGACGGAGAGCUGUACAACGACACCAAGUACAGGCGGAGCUACGACUCUGAGUUCACCGCUCCGAUGGUGGCCUAUCACGUGUGGCCCGCUCUCAUGGAGGACGACUCCAUCAUCAUGAAGGGAGAGGCUGUGACCAGGAGGGGCGCUCUGUGGCGGAGCAGGAGUCGGAGUGCCAGCCCUGUGCGUUCCCGAUCCGGGAGCCCCGUCCGGAACCUGAGUUCCAGUCGCAGCCCUUCGCCAGGACGCCUCUCCACCAGCCGCCUGUAGACCCUGCCCUCUGACCCCUGCCCUCUGACCCCUGCCCUCUGACCCCUGCCCUCUGCCCUCUGACC